AUGGGACAGGACUCCGACGAUGUUCGUAGCAAAUCGAAGAGCUGGUAUGUGGAUGCAACGUUUAAACUUUGUCGUCACCCGUUUUCACAAUUGUGGACCGUGAAUGCCUUUGUUAAGAACGAUGACCAUGUGAAACAAGUACCUCUCAUUUUUGUUAUCAUGUCGGGAAGGAAGAAGCGAAACUACAAAUCAGUCCUAGAGGCACUUUUGUCAAUCCUGCCUUACCAGCCAAGAGUGAAGAAGGUAACCCUAGAUUUUGAAAAGGCGAUGUGGAGUGCGGUCUGCCAGGACCUGCUGGACACUGAGCUGAUGGGGUGCUCCUUCCAUUGGACACAGGCCCUGUGGAGGAAGGUACAAGAGCUUGGACUGCAGGAGGCCUACACGCAAGACCGUGGCACCCACGAGUACAUCAGAAAGCUGAUGGCUCUUCCAUUCCUACCGACAGACAAGAUCCAGAGAAGAUUUAAUGAGAUACAGCAACAAGCAACAACAGAAGGUUUGAAGAAAUUCGCCAGCUAUGUAGCAGACAACUGGGUUACCAGUCACACUUUCCCACCGGCCACCUGGAGCGUGUACAUGGAAACAGUGAGAACCAACAAUGACCUAGAGGGAUGGCAUAACAGCCUGAAUCGACGCGCCAAGGGCAAGUCCAACAUGCCACUGUACGUCCUAAUACAACUCCUGCACAAGGAAGCAGAUCUGGUGUCGCUUCAGAUCAGACUCGUGUCAGAGAGAAGACUGCGAAGACAUCAAUGCACAAUGUACAAGAAAAUGCAGAAGAAGCUGUUUAGCUUAUGGCAGUAGUACGAAGAAGGUGAGAAGAACAGUAAACAACUACUAGAAGCCUGUUCGCAUUUAGUGAAUCCGUUUUAAGUUAAAAAUCUGUUUUGUAGUACCACUUGAAUUGCACUUUCAAGUUAAUUUAGUAUUUUGAGAAUCAAUUGUCACAAGAUAUCAAGUUAAGUUUACAUGUAAUUUAGUAUUACCAAUGCAUAAGUUGAUUGAGUGUUUUGAGAAUCCAUUGAGGAUCCAGCUUCUUGACUUAGUCUGUAAUAAUUAUUGUAGCAUAAUUAAUUGAACACAAGAAAUUAUCGAGAUAUCAAGUUAAGUUUGCAUGUGAAUUAGUAUUGUCAAUGCAUAAGUUGAUUUAGUGUUUUGAGAAUCCAUUGAGAAUCCAGCUUCGUGACCUAGUGUGUAAUAAUUAUUGUAGCACAAGGAACUGAACACAAGAAAUUAUCGAGAUAUCAAGUUAUGUUGCAUGUGAUUUAUUGUUAUCAAUGCAUGAGUAACCAUUGAAACCUGACCUAGUCUGUAAUAAUUAUUGUAGCAUAAGGAAUAAUAGAGAUAUCGAGUUAAGUUUACAUGUAAUUUGGUAUCAUCAACACAUAAGUUAAGCAAUUUGUCCAUGUUUAUUUGUGUUUAAGAAUAAAUGAACGAAUUCUUAGAA